AUGAAGCUGCAGCCGGACCUUGCAACGAUUAAGGAGGUUAUACAGAUAAUGAAGGCGCGUCCAGUUCGAGGCACUAUAGUUGACAAGGCAGUGUAUGACCAUUGGAAGCCUCAUCCUGACGUCUCCUCUAACCCAGCGCAGAAACACAGAGCAUUAUGUUUUGGAGAGAAGAAAGAGAAGAAAGGUGGUCAAGGUUCAGUUGAGUCUACUGAGUCCCAGAACAGGUUCUUGCCAUACUGGAAUUACUUGUAUUUGUGGGCUUGCAUGAUGCGUAAACAUGAGUUGGCGGAAAUACUCUUGCGAAAAGUGGAGAAUCCGAUCGCCAUGGCUCUGAUAACAUAUAAUUUGUUGAAGGCUGUGGAACGACAAACAGACGACAAAGUGCUAAAGACUGAUCUUCAGAAAUACAUAAAACGAAGGAGUCUUGGCCACUGA